UCGACGAAUCGUCGUGAAAUAUGUUCGCGCGGUGUGGAAUACGAUUCGAGAAACGUUGGCCUAAAAUGCGCGGCAAUUCGACGAUUCUCGCGGGAAAGAUAGCGGAGCACCACGAUUGGCUACCAUAGAAAUUUGAUUCCGUUUCGUUCCUUCCUUUUUCUUUCUUUCUCUCCCUCUCCGUCUCCGUUCCCCUCCAUCCAUGGCAUUCGUUGUUCAUCCGCCGCGUCCAUCGGUCUCGGCCGCGUUAAAGGAAGAACGAGAGCAACGUUUCCCGAGGGAACCGUGGUAAACGGUGUUCAAUCGAACCGAACAGUUUGUCAGUGACAGUGCCCUCGCGUACGCGAUCCCUCGUGCACGCCGAUAGACGAAGAAAGAAAACUCGUUAGACGCCGACUGUACGUGGUUUGGCCCUCCCGGCAACGCGGUGCCGCUCGAAGACAAUGAUCGUGCGUUCGAGCGGUUAGAACGAGCGAAGAAAUUACCGGCAAAGCGUCGAAAACGUAGCGUCUCUUUCGUCGAUCGAGAGACAGGACGGCCACGCUACCCCCAGGAACGGCUCGACGCGCACCGAUUCCAGAAAAAGCUAGCAGAACGGAGCUGCCAUCUCAGCGAUUUCUCCACAUGUGGACAUCGCCGUCCAGACUCAGAAUCGGUCGAGCACCUAGGAAAAAGACGACACCUUAGGCUGAUAGCUGCCGCAGCAGCUACCGCGACCGCUGAACGAUGGAGAACACCAAAAGGAAGCUGUCCUUCCUUGGCUUCGGCAAAAGGGUAUCGGUCGACGGUCAUGGGACGGAAGCGGGACCGGAACUCGACGAGGAGAUGGAGAAGGUUUUCGCGAUGGACGGCGGGAAGAGGUUCGACGUAGCCCGGCUCGGCUCGCCAACCGAAUCGGCUGGAUCCGAUCGAGAUCGAGAUCGGGACCGAGGACCACCUCGAUAUAGCGAUCGCGACUUCAAUCAGCACCGAAAGAGAAGUUACCCUCAUCCGCACAUGCCCCUGAAAAGCAUCCAUUCCAGAUCUAUGCGACGGCAUCUAUCCCCCGAAGGAUCCACAGCAGAAGUUGGUCAAGAAGAGGAGAACGGUCAGGUGAAUGCAGGCAAUGGCGUCGAACAGGAGUCGGACACGAUGGACAACGGGGUGUCGACGAGCAACUCGCACGACCUCGACGACGAGACCGCCGAGGAGACCGCGGAGGAGACGGAGAACGUUGUCAGCAGCGAGAGCGAGGCGCCGAUAUCGGAGAGGGCUGCUUCCGGUAUCACCGACGGUCCCACCGUUGGUAGCCCUCGCGUGCAGUUCGAGAAUAUCAAGGAAGAAGACGUUCCUACGCCCCCGCCGGACGAGGCGCCGAACGUCGCCGCACCACCGCCUCACGAGGAGGAUCGAAAGUGUCGGAGACACCAAAAACACGAGCACAAAAGACACCACCACAAGUCGCGUAAGUACUCGCUGCAGGAGGAUCCGCAAUGGCGAAAACGAUCGGGAGCAGGACUCCCCGAUGGCACGGGCGUCCUCGCGAGGAGAGUCAGCGUGCAGCCGGAGGAGGCGAGCACGCUGCAGGAGCUGGACAUCGACGACCUCGAGUCCCACAGGAGCGACGAUCCGAGAGGGAUGAGGCGGCACAAGGCCGCCCAUUUGACGGUACAGAUCGGCCGUAGAAAAGAGGGCGGCAUACCUCACGACACCUUCAAGAAGAUGUACGACCACUCGCCGCACGAGGUGUUCGUCCAGCUGGACGAAUUGUACGGUAUCGGCGAGGAACGGGAAUGGCGGGAAACGGCGAGAUGGAUAAAGUACGAGGAGGACGUCGAGGAGGGCGCGGACAGGUGGGGCAGGCCCCACGUGGCCUCGUUGAGCUUCCACUCGUUGCUGAAUCUUCGCCGAUGCCUCGAGACGGGCGUGGUCCUUCUCGACCUCGAGGAGAAGGACCUGCCGGGCUUGGCGUACAGGGUGGUCGAGCAGAUGGUCAUCGAGGAACUGAUCCUGCCGGAGGACAGGCCGGUAGUCAUGAGGGCUCUCCUCCUCAGGCACAGGCACGUGCACGAUCACGAUCGCGGAUUUCGUUUCGGCGGAAAGCGAAACUACUCCAGCUACACCAGCCUUCAGUCCGUCUGUCUGGAGGAAGAAGACGCUGCGCGGGAAGCCUCUGAGAACCAUGUAACCCAACAUAAUCUAAACGACGCGAAGCCGAAGAUCCUGUCGUCGAACUUGGCGUUGGACACGAAUCACACGGCGGUCGACAUGAAGGAGGAGCAGACGUACACCGGGAGCAACGAGGAUCUGAAGAGAGGUCACAACGACUACAUCCUGAAGAGGAUACCGGCGGGCGCCGAGGCGACGGUCGUCCUGGUAGGCGCGGUCGAUUUUCUGGACCAACCGACGAUCGCGUUCGUCCGGCUCGCCGAGGGCGUGUUCAUUCCGUCGGUCACGGAGGUCACUAUACCGGUCAGGUUCAUGUUCACCCUUCUGGGACCGAGGAACGCCGAUCUGGACUACCACGAGAUCGGUAGAUCCAUCGCCACCCUGAUGGCGAACACGUCCUUCCACAAAAUCGCGUACAAAGCGAACGAGAGGCGCGAGCUUCUGUCCGCGAUCAACGAGUUCCUCGACGACUCGAUCGUUCUGCCUCCCGGCGAUUGGGAACGGCAGGCGUUGCUGCCGUUCAACGAGCUCAAGGCGAAGAGCGAAGCCAUAAGGAAUCGGAAGGCCAAGGCGCUCGAGGAGAAGAGCAAACCGACACCGAGCGAAGCCGCCGUAAAGAAAGCUCUUCUCGCUGGCGAGGAAGAGAAGAAACCGCCCGACGACGACGAUCCGCUCCGCAGGACGAAGCGUCCAUUCGGCGGUUUGAUAAACGACAUCAAGAGACGGUAUCCUUUCUACCUGUCCGACUUUACGGACGGCUUGAAUUCCUCCUGCUUGGCCGCCGCCAUUUUCAUGUACUUCGCCGCUCUGUGCACGGCCAUCACUUUCGGCGGUCUGAUGAGCGACAAAACGCACAACGUCAUCGGCAUAUCGGAGACCCUGGUGUCCGGUUCCUGGACCGGAGUGGUGAUGGCUCUGUUCUCCACCCAGCCGUUGGUCAUCAUCGGCACGACCGGGCCCCUCCUGCUCUUCGACGAGAGCCUGUACAAUUUCUGUCUGGCGAACGAGCUCGAGUUUCUCACCGUGAGAGUCUACGUGGGCGCGUGGAUGGGAAUCAUAGCGCUGGCCGUCGCUUCCGUCGAGGGAUCCGUGCUGGUCAGGCUCUUCACUCGAUUCACCGAAGAGAUCUUUACGGGAUUAAUCUCUCUUCUCUACAUCGUCGAAACGUUCAUCAAGCUGUACAACUACUUCGCGAAGAAUCCGCUUCUCGACGAGUACAGCUUCGUUCCCGACACGAACGAGACGAUGUACUGGGAUUCGCAAGUGAACGUGACGGAAAUGAAGGUCGUGUCUCCGGAGACAGGCGACGCGGUGAUUAUUCCGUUGGAGAAACCGGGGACCUUGAUACCAACCCGCAACGCUGCCGGAUUGUUGAUCAAUCAACCGAACACGGCGCUGAUGUGCACCAUCCUGUGCCUCGGCACGUUCCUCGGCGCUUAUUAUCUGCGAAUCUUUCGUAACAGUCACUACCUCGGCCGAAGCGCCAGGAGAGCCUUCGGGGACUUCGGCGUGCCGAUCAGCAUCAUCUUGUUCGCGUUGAUCGACUUCGCGGCCAUGGUGAAGACCGAGAAGCUCCUGGUACCGGAAGGUCUGUCGCCGACCCAACCCGGCAGAAGUUGGCUCGUGUCGCCCGUAGGCUUGCACAAACCUAUCCCGUUGUGGAUGGCUAUGGCUUGCAUCGUACCAGCGUUGCUCGUCUACAUCCUCGUCUUCAUGGAAACCCAGAUCUCCGAGUUGAUCAUCGACAAGAAAGAGCGAAAGCUACGGAAAGGCAACGGGUAUCACAUGGACAUAGUGGUGGUCUGCUUGAUGAACGUCGGUUGCGGUUUGAUGGGGGCACCGUGGUGCUGCGCCGCGUCUGUCAGAUCGUUGACGCACGUUUCGGCGGUGACGGUGAUGUCUCGCACCCAUGCGCCCGGCGACAAGCCCCACAUCGUCGAGGUGAAGGAGCAGAGGGUGAGCGCUCUGCUGGUUGCCGUAUUGAUCGGCGUGAGCGUUCUGAUGGCGCCGCUGCUGCGACGCGUACCGAUGUCCGUCCUCCUCGGCGUGUUUCUCUAUAUGGGCAUAUCGUCGACGAACGGCGUGCAAAUGUUCGACCGCGUGAAACUCUUCUUCAUGCCGGUGAAACAUCACGGCACGGCUAAUUACGUCCGUCGCGUCCAGACGUACAAGAUGCACAUCUUCACGCUCAUACAGAUCUUGUGCCUGGCCGUGUUGUGGACCGUGAAGAGCACCAGGGCGGCCCUGGCGCUCCCGUUCUUCCUUAUUCUCAUGAUACCUCUUAGGGCGCAGAUGAGCCACUUUUUCACAGCUGCCGAGCUGCGGGCACUCGAUAGCAAAGGAUCGGAACACGAGGACGAACCAGAUUUCUAUGAGGAAGCUCCGCUACCUGGUUAGAUAGUGCCUUAUUCGACUCACUCCGAAAUGUACCACCUAUUUCUUCCUCUCUUUCUUCUCCCCCCUUCCCUCAAAUAUAUUAUUCGUUCUGCUCCUCGUUUCCUUCUUCUAUCCUGUUGUUUUAAUUCGAAGAAAUUCGUUCUUUUUCUUCUUUUUUUUUCUCUCUCGUAACCCUUUAUCCACGUAUCAGAGCGUCUUUCAGCGCUAGCGCGAGUUUGCGAAGGAGAGAGAGUCUAUUUUCGUGAAAGAGCAAAUAUGUAUACCGAUGAAGAUAAGGAGGGUAGGGGUGCGCGAUACCCACGAAGAGGCGGUGAACUCGUUGAAUACGUAAAGUUUAUUUUGUACUGCAAAAUUUGUAAAUAAUCGAUAAAGGUUCGUGUGGGAGAAAGUGAAACGACGAUAUCUGCUUUUACCGAUAUCUUCGAUGCGUAUUGGUACUCGAGCGAAACUGGAUUUUGUCAAAUUAUAUUAAUCGAAUAUAAAAUACCGUAACGUUAUCUUUUGUAACGGCGAUAACGGAGCUCGAUCUUCGAAGAUGAAGAUAUUCUGGAUUGAUGAUAUCGUGUCGCGAAAAAGCGUGCCGAGUACCAGAACGUUAUCUAAUAUAUUCUUAAACGACAUUUACGACGCGUUUCAUCUUUCUCGGUGUCGAUAGGAAAAAGGGUGCCUCCGAGUGCCUCUAACGAACAGUGAUGAACGAUACCGUUGCUCAGGAAAAAAUUUAAACGUAAUGGCACAGAAUGCGAGAGUGCCAAAUCGAAAGAUCGCAGAUUAUCAAUGGUGCUGGUCCGUCCACUUGGAAACAACGUGGACGAAUGCAACUGAAUCUUUUGUAAAGAGAUAUCCGAGUAGUUUUUUCUUAGCUGUUCUCAUCGACGAAUAUCGUAGCUCUCAUUUCUUUGGGACCGUGACUCGUUAGCACUACGUGCAAACAAUUACAAGCGUAUACCGUAUUGUCUGUUGAGUAUAUGCUCGAACAAAAUUCUCGUCACUCUUUCUAGAUUAAAAAAAAGAAAAAAAAAAACACGAUAUUUUACAAACACCGUAAAAUCAAACUUAAACGUCGACGAACGUGAAAAAGAAAGACAGUCUUCGUUAUAUUCCAACUACUGCGAGUACUUGAUUUAUUGUUCCACCGAUUAACAAUCAGUCCUUUCAUCGAAAUAUUUUUUUGCUACUCGAAUAAAACUUUCUAUAAAAUUCUGAGUACGAAGAAGUCGUACUCGUGUACGGUAAAGCUAUCGACAUCUCGAGUCGAUCUAUUUUCGAAAUAUAUGAUUCAUGUUGUUUCGACUAAAUUUACGUUCCACGAAUAAUAAUUUCAUCUUAAACAAUCAAAGAACUGGUACUCCCAAAAUCUCUAAAUAUGAUGUACCUGACGAUAUAUCGCUAAACCCUGAGAAAAUAAGCUUUUGGCGGUUCAGGAAUGUAAGGAACGCUGCUUUCGAGAAUGCUUGGGUCAGUUUUAAUCCACAUUUACUUUAAAAAAGAAAAAAGAGAAAAAAAAGUUCUUAAACCAAUCGUGUACUUAUUUAAAAAUAGAACAUAAGUAAACUUAAAAAUAGUAAAACUACAUUGUGCAAGUAAUAAGCUCCUUUAAAUAUUCACUUUGUACUUUAUUUUCGAUAUAAGAACUGAUCAGUAUUGGUAGGUAUUUUGCCUCGGUAACUAUUAAUUUUAUCAUAGUCGUUAGUUUUCCAAAUGUGAAGUUUCUACACUUUGAAAAAGACCAAGCUAUAAUAAUAAUAUGUUACCGUGUAUCGAGUACGCGAGACAAAGAUGAAACUUACUAUUUUGAAUGCUGUUACAAAGAGAAAAGACAUUCUAUUUUAAUUCGUUAAAAUAUUUUGCUAAUCCACUAAAGUACCUUAUCGAAUGAAAACGAAUUUUAACCUCACUAUUUCUGUAAAGAGAAAAACAAAGAAAACGUAUGUAUUACCGCAUUACUACUAAUUUGUACGAAACGCUAGUUUCGAAUCAAAAAUAUUGUGCUGCUAAUUGCGAUAGAGGUCCAGAGUUGCUGUAAGAUAUACUGGCAGUACUUGCGAGCAUGUAUUUUUAGCGACAAGUUUUUAACACAAAAUCUCAUUAGAUAUGUUAUGUCUAGUACAAUAACAUGUUAUUAUACACGUACCACUGAUAUUACCUAUAUUGAGAGAUUAUUGGAACACGUAUCAAUUGUUAUGAGUUCGCAAAAAAAAAAAAAAAAGAA